GGGCCUGGAGCACGCAUGCGCAGCAGCGGCUGCGCGCUGCCCGGAUCGUGCGGGGCCCGAGCCUCUCCGCCGGCGCAGGCUCCCUCGCGCCAGCUCGCGGCCGCCGCCAUGUCGGCCGCCAUCGAACGGGAGUUUGAUGAGUUGGACGCUCACAAUCGCUGGCAGCAGCUGUACCUGGAAAUUCGCAGUGAGUCCCAUGACUAUCCUCAUAGAGUGGCCAAGUUUCCAGAAAACAGAAAUCGAAACAGAUACAGAGAUGUAAGCCCAUAUGAUCACAGUCGUGUUAAACUGCAAAAUGCUGAAAAUGAUUAUAUUAAUGCCAGCUUAGUUGACAUAGAAGAGGCGCAGAGGAGUUACAUCUUAACACAGGGUCCACUUCCUAAUACAGGUUGUCAUUUCUGGCUCAUGGUUUGGCAGCAAAAGACCAAAGCAGUUGUCAUGCUAAACCGAAUUGUGGAGAAAGAAUCGGUUAAAUGUGCACAGUACUGGCCAACAAAGGAUGACCGAGAGAUGCUGUUUAAGGAAACAGGCUUCAGUGUGAAGUUCCUGUCGGAAGACGUGAAGUCCUAUUAUACAGUCCAUCUGCUGCAGUUAGGAAACACCAAUAGUGGUGAAACCAGAACAAUAUCUCACUUUCAUUAUACUACCUGGCCAGAUUUCGGAGUCCCUGAAUCACCAGCUUCAUUUCUCAAUUUCUUAUUUAAAGUGCGAGAGUCUGGCUCUUUGAAUCCUGAACACGGGCCUGCGGUGAUCCACUGUAGUGCCGGCAUCGGGCGGUCAGGCACCUUUUCUCUGGUGGACACUUGUCUUGUUCUGAUGGAAAAAGGAGACAAUAUUAAUAUUAAACAACUGUUACUGAAUAUGAGAAAAUACCGAAUGGGGCUGAUUCAGACACCAGAUCAACUCAGAUUUUCAUACAUGACUAUAAUAGAAGGAGCAAAGUUUAUAAAGGGAGAUUCAAGUAUACAGAAACGGUGGAAAGAACUUUCUAAGGAAGAUGUAUGUCCUGUUUUUGAUCAUUCACCAACCAAAAUAAUGACUGAAAAACACAACGGAAACAGGAUAGGCCUAGAAGAAGAAAAACUGACAAGUGACAGGUAUACAGGACUGUCCUCUAAAAUGCAAGAUACUCUGGAGGAAAACAGCGAGAGUGCUCUGCGGAAGCGCCUUCGGGAGGACAGGAAAGCCAGCACAGCUCAGAAGGUGCAGCAGAUGAAGCAGAGGCUGAACGAGACCGAACGAAAAAGGAAAAGUUUUCCCAAUUUUAAAAAGAAAAAGAAACAAAAAUUUUCUCUAAAAGUAUCUUUGAAGGAAAAUUCUCCUUACUGGCGUAGUCAGUUCAUUGGUUUGGAUUUGAUUCCAUCUUUCCUUGUAUCUGUCUUCAAAGCACUGUUUCUGGGACAGCAGCACCCACAGCCCCUACAACAGCAGAUAAGUUAGAAAUGCCAGGUGUCCUCUUGUUCUGCUGAAUGUGGAUGAGUGAUGUCAUGUUGCAGAGUACUGCCCCGGCUAAGCAGUGACUCAGCCCGAGGGGCUUUUAGUUGGGUCGAGCGAUUGUCUUUAUCAGUAACAACCUGACAGUGAGAAUUCUCAAACGCCGUGACCGUCUCUGUGCAGUCCAGUGGCAGAAUGAAAAAUCCAAUCAUUGGUACUCUUUCUGUUUGGGUUUUAUAAUUUAGAGUGGAAUACGGGAAUUUUAGGAUUUAGGGAGGAUAUUACUUGCAGAGUCUACUUUAAUACUAUUGUCUGGUUUUCCAUCACAUGGUAUAUUGGGGGAGCUAUAAGGAGAAUGGAAUGGGAAUUUUUUUCUUUAUGGAGACCAUUUUUUAAAGAAAAGCAUCAAUUCUUUAUUGUUGCUCUAAUUUGGCAUAGAUUUUUUAGACAUAUGAUGAUGUUGAUAUUUCAGAUUACUACUAUAAAAAACCUGAAGUUAUUUUGAGUUUGGUGAAUUCGGCAUUUUCCCACUGGGUAAAUUGAUGUUGUCUGUAAGGCAGUGAGUGCCUUGCUCACCGCAGAGAAGUGUGUGGGACUCUUUUCAGUAAAGCAAGGAUGAGUGUCCGGUGGCAGGAACUACUUCGGUGUGGAGCCAGCCCCUGUCAAGACCUUUUAGUUGUUCUAAGGGGUAGUUCAUCCUUGCUGAGUGUGUCUUUAACACACUGCUGGGGAGGCAACACCUGCCGGUUCUGCCAGUCAGUAGAUACACCUCUCCAAGGUGCAUCCUGUUACCCGAUUUUCAGACGAGAAAACUGAGUCAAAGAAUAAGUAACUUGCCCAAGGUUGUACAUCUAGAUCAUGACAGAGCUGAGAUUUGAACUCCAGUCUGUAGAAUCCCAGUAACUCCAGGCCUCGCGCUUUCCCAUUAUGUCACACGCAACCUGUUUUUAUGGAAUAUUUAAAUGGAAAAGCAUUAGACAGCUACUGUUACCCAUUAAAAUCCAAAAUAACCCUCUUUUUAUUUUUUAAGUGAAACAAAUCAAAGUUUUCCCCUCCAAAAAAUUUUGUGGAACAGUUUGAACUACCACUGAGCCAGAGUAAUACUGGAACAUCAGAGCACUCUCUAAACCAAAACAUUAUUUCAUUCACUCUGACUGGAUCAGUUCCUUGGUUUUAACAAGGGGACUUCUGAAGGUGUGGGAAACACAUGCAUAUUUUGCAGCACUCAGGGUCAGUCAGAAGCUCCUUUCCUCACAUCAGCCACUUUGGUUCAGGCUUCUCAGGUCCCUGCAAGAAGCACCUGUGGCAGUUUCUGUGACCACAGGCACCUAACAAGAAUGCUUCCUUGGUGUCUGGACAUUUCUCUGUCAGUGCUGGAAAUGAGACACCAAGGAGCCAGCAGUCAGGAAGAAGCCAACUCGUAGUAUUGGGGGUUUUGACUAAAUGUUUUGGAUAAAUGUGUGGGUGUGGUUUAUAUCUCCUAUUUAUACACGUGGAGGCACAAUAAUGACAAGUAUUUAGAUCUGGGUUUUUUUUUUUUUGUCAGAGCAAGGGAAGUUGAGGGGAAAUACCAGUUACCACCUCAGAAGUUCAACUAUUUGCAAAUAUUGUGAAAUAACAUUAAAAACUCACCUGCCCUUAAAUUAGUUGUUAUUUCAUCUCUCUAUCACUUGUUUAAACUCUCAUUUAUCUUUACUUUUUGGCAUUAAAGUACAAUAAAUCUAUCAAUUAUUUUAUGUCUGUGUUUUCUUUUAAUACUUAAAUCAUGUCACUUCAGUUCUGUAUUUCUGUGAUCAUUAGUAUUACCCUUCAGGACAAAAAGCAUGCUGCUAACAGUCCAUGAGUUAAGGAUAUAAGCCAACUUUAUGUUCAUACAUUACAUUCAUAAUAUUUUUAGCAGUAUGAUACAGUGGAGGUCCAAAUUGGAUUAGACUUUUGCAUUGAAUUCCAAAGUAUUGGUAAGUCUAGCACAUACCAUAAAAUCUUGCUAAACUGUUGUGGGUACUUUUUUUUUUUUAACUGUCUAUCUGUCAGUAUAGCUCACAUGGAGGUCAUUUCUUGAGUAAUACAGGAUGACCUAAAAAAAUUCAUAGUUGUUAAUUCUUGUAAAAGAGUGAGAGUUACGGUGCUUUAACAUGAGUCUACCUCACACCACCAAUUCUGUUUGAAAAUCAAGCACAUAAGCAGUUUUACCAAGGUAACAGCAAAGCACUCAGUGUGAUUGAGUGUGAUGUGUUGGAAUGUUUUUUGGUUGCCUUUUUAGUUCAUUGUUAGUCCUUUUAUGUUUGUGUGUAUCUGUGUAUGUCUGUGUGUUUGGUAAAUAUGAAUUGAAUAGAUGACUUCUUAUUUUAUAUUUUAGGCCAAGAUUGACAGACACCUAAAUAUUCAUGACUUGAGAAUAUUCUGCAGCUAUAAAUUUUGAACCAUUGAUGUGCAAAGCAAGACCUGGAGCCCACUCCGGAAACUAAGUGAGGCUUGAUAAGCCUGUAGAUUGCCUCACAUUUGUCUGUUUACAAAGUAAACCUUACAUCCAGGGAACGAAGAGCACCACCAGCAGAAGACUUUGCAGAGCCCUUUCAUUUGAUGCAUUGUUAAGUUUUUUAAUGCGUGUGUGAAAUGUAGAGAGAUGUAAAAGAAAUAAAUUAGGAAAGACUACUUUGUAUUGUACUGCCAUUCCUACUGUAUUUUUAUACUUUUUGGCAGCAUUAAAUAUUUUUCUUAAAUAGA